AUGGACGAGCCUAUCGACCUUGACAAUCCCAAUCACUACCAGAAAAUUGACGAGCUGACUGCUCAAGGCCUCCUGGAUCGCGAUGCUGUAUUAUACAAGCUGACCCGGAGAAUCUGCAAGUUUGGCGUUAUCGAAUCAGAGAAAGAGCUGCCACACCUGCGCGGGACCUUUGACUCGCUGGCUGUCGAGGAAAAUGGCAUACAGGUACUCACUCAAUCUGCAUUCCUGUCUUUCCUUGAGUCUACCGGCUUUCUCUCUCCGUCCAUGAGAGAGGCGGGUGCACUCGUUUACCGCAGUCUUCUAUACCUAUCUCAAUACCCAUUUCAUCACCCGAUCCCUGAUUCCCUCACCUAUAUGGGGUUACUUCGUGCACUCGCGUGGACCAUGCCAGGCCGGGUGAGGCCGGUCCAUGAAGCAUGUAGAUGGAGUCGAAGCCGAUCACCGGCAGACUCUAGAAGACAAUUUUUCCAAAGCUUGGCAACAGCUCGAGAUGGCAAGUCUAUCCCAUUCGAUGCAGAAUACGCCAAGGCUCAGGCCCAGAGGAGAGCUUCUGAUUUCACCUGCGCUAGUCAUGAUUGCGGUGACCUUACAUUCCCUAAAACGAACUACGAUGAUCACGGAGAUGAGAUGUUCCACGACAUCCUUGAUGCGCUGUUCAGUAUUCAGCCUCAAAUAGUUUGGCUGGUGCCAUCCCCUCGAGACUACUUCCGGGCGACAGCGAGGAAGCUAGCCAGUGACGAGCGCCUUCAUGACCUAAGCAUCCCCCAGGACCAGUUUCGAGCUGUUGUGAAGUUGCUGAUGACGACAUUCUUUCGAAAGCCACAAGUUCCAGUCCAGCAGCUAGUUGACCUGGACCAUGUUGUCGAUUGUAUGGUCGGCCCUGCUAUCCAAAGACCCGAUAUCGGGAUUACCUGGGAUAUGUAUGACCAGGCGGCUCGUAAUGGGAUGCCCAUGCUUGUGGAUGGUCUAAUGCGCCUCUUGACCCCGUUCUAUAGAGACCCCGAGGAUAAAUACUACACUUUGGACAUCCCACAGUCAGGAAAAGUAGCGACUUUCGCUGUUUUUGCUCAGAUGGCCUCACUUCGAAUUCUUGCGGUCACGCGAGAGCUUCAACAAUACGUGUACUACGAUUUGAGAACUACGUCCCUCACAGCUUCGACGAUAGCAGAAAGACUAAAUGCUUAUCCCGAGGCUGCGAUUGUCCUCCUUCUCUCCGGAAAGAACUCGGAGACAGGAAAGAAGACCAUAUUUGGCUACUAUAUACCUCGUCUUGCGUACGGAAAUACACCGUUCUUAUUCCAGCUAAGUGAUAUCCAGGACAGCUUCCGUGGAAAUGGCCCCCGACCAGGCCACGAGUUGGAUGGAGGCGAGCUUGUUAUCGGUCAAAGAGGAAAUGGUGCGGCGGUAAUGUUGCGGCAAGAUGCGAGGAGGGCGAUUGUAUCCCACAAUGUGUCUGAUCAAUUCCAGCCGAUGUAUGCCGCUAACACCUGGAGGGGGGACUGGCAGAUUGAGUUUGAUGUGGAGGAGAUAGAAAUGUGGCUUGAGGAUGGAGACACUGAAGGGGCAACGAUAGAGGGGGACGAAGGACAGUGA